AUGGCAGAUGCUGUUGUUUCAUUUGUGAUUGAAAGGCUUGGAGACUUGGUGAUUUCCGAAGCUGAAUUCUUGCAUGGAAUCAAAGGCCAAGUGGGGAAAGCAAAAAUCAAGCUUCAAUGUAUGAGUGCUUUCUUGAAAGAUACAGAUGCUUGGGUUAGAAAUGGUGCUGAUGAGAGAGUUCGCCUUUUGGUUGUCCAAGUCAGAGAAAAUGCUUAUGCCUUGGAGGAUGUUAUUGAGACUUAUGUCUUCAAAGUGGCUUCCUCUUCUAAUCAUGGAACUAUGAGACGUGCAUUGAAAUGGUGUGUUGGCAUUAUUGAUGUGUAUAAAGUUGGAUCAAAGAUAAAGAAGAUCUCAUCUAGUAUUGAUACUUGGACAUCAGAAUUAGAAGCACUUGGCGUACACAGAUCAUUAGGCAAUGCAAUUGAAGCGUCAUCAAGCUAUGUCCAGAAACAAAAAGAGUUGAGGAAAGCUUAUUCGUAUGUUGAAGACAAUGUUAUUGUUGGAUUCGAUAAAGAUAUCCAAGAUUUGGUUGCCCUUUUGACUGAAAAAGAGGACCCUGAUAAGCAUAAGGUGAUUUCUGUCUAUGGGAUGGGUGGUUUGGGGAAGACUACUCUUGCAAGAAAGGUCUAUCAGCAUCCUCAAGUCAGGACUCACUUUGAUUGUUAUGCUUGGGCCUCAAUAUCUCAGCAAUGUAAUAGACGCGAUGUCUUGGAAACAAUUUUAUCUGGUUUCACUUCUCAAAUAGAUGCAGAAAGAAAUCGCAUCAAAAACUUAAGUGAUGAUGAAUUAGCAAGGAAGGUUCACAACUUUCAGAAACAGAACAAAUGUUUGGUGGUUCUUGAUGAUAUAUGGACCACAACAACAUGGGAUCUUCUAAAGCAUGCAUUCCCUACUCAAGGAGACACACAUAGCAGGAUCUUACUCACUACUCGGAAUAAGGUUGUGGCUUUGCAUGUGGAUCAACACGACUCAAAUGAGGAUGAUGAUGAAGAAAGGAAGAAAGAACUAGCGGUGGAGAUGCUUAAAAAGUGCUCUGGUUUGCCAUUAGCUAUCAUUGUGCUUGUUGGGCUUCUUUCUAAGAAACACACCUUAUAUCAGUGGGAGCUGAUGAAAGAAAAUGUAAUUCGCUGCAUAGGUCAAGGUAAUCCACAACAUGAUGAUGACUCAAAAUAUUGCAGUGUUUCUUCGGUCUUAGGAUUAAGUUAUAGCGAGUUACCACGUCAGUUGAAGCCUUGUUUUUUGUAUUUGGCUCGUUAUGCUGAAGAUGUCACGAUAAGACUAAAAGAGUUGUGCCAUAUACUCAUAGCAGAAGGUUUUGUAUCGUUAAGAAGAGGUUCUGUGGAAGCUUUGGAGGAUGUGGCAUAUGAUUGGUUGAGUGAGUUGGUGGAGAGGAGUAUGAUUCAAGUAAAACAAAUGAGUUCGACAGGAAGGAUUAAAUCAAUUUGCAUUCAUGAUCUCAUGCGAGAUUUGUGUGUGUCUAAAGCUCAAGAAGAAAACUUUCUACAUUUUAUUGAUUGGAGAACGAAUAGAGAGGAAGAACCAAUAGAAACAAAUAUUAGAAGAAUUGCCAUAUGUGUUCAUGAAAGUUCUAAUUAUGAUUUAAUUCAUGAAGCUCGAAAUAUAGAUGGCUCUCUUAGGUCCCUUUCUGUACAUGGUAAGGGGAGAGUCAUAGAUGUUAUGUUCAGAAAAAGAGUAUUGAGUCAUGUAUGCAAUCGCUUUUUGAUGCUUAGAGUUUUGAUCAUGGAUGAGAAUGAUGCUAGGUAUGAAACUAAACUGCCUACAGAAAUUGGGAAUUUGAUCCAUCUAAGGUUAUUAAGUAUUCCUAAUUGGCGAAUUGAAAAGAUUCCAUCUUCUUUUGGGAAUUUAAGAUGCCUACAGACUUUGAGAGUAUCGCCUCAGAUUGAUAUAAUAAUACCAAAUUCAUUGUGGAAGUUGGAAAAGUUGAGGCAUCUAUAUUUCUCAAAUCUAGUUGGUGGCAUAGAAUUUGGUAAAUUCUUGAGAUCAAUUAAGUCUAGAAAUUUUCAGACAUUGGUAGGUGUUCGUACCAAGGAUCUUUUUUUGAGUGAUAUUCUACAACAGGAGAGUCUCAAAAAAUUACGAAUUUGUGUGGAUAGAAAUUUUGAGACAUUCUUACACAAUCCCCAAACUCUCACAUUCACUCGUCUUUUCUCUUUACAAGUAUAUAAUCCAUCUUACAUCAACAUAAUAGAUAUUGUUCCUUUCUUACUAACCUGUCCUUGUAUUUAUAAGCUUAGAGUGCGGUCACCUAUAGUAAGAUUACCACAAGACAACCAAUUCUCCCCAAAUCUCAUCAAGUUACAGUUGAGUAAUCUCCAACUUAAGGAUGAUCCAAUGCCAACAUUAGAAAAGCUACCAAAAUUAAGAGUCCUUAGAAUUGACUAUCAGAGCUUUAUGGGAGAAGAGAUGGUGUGCUCAAGAGGAGGUUUCCCUCGACUUGAAUCUCUUCAGCUUACUAUCAAUGAAUGCAGAUUUUGA